GUUGCGAAAAUUAGGUCGUCGAAGGCCCCAGCGCGAGACGUAAAAGGAAGCCUCUGUGGAAGUCGCGAGAUAUGGCGAGACGAUGGGCCUACGCGGUCGUCUUCCUACUCUGCGGCGCACCGCUCACAGUUGGCAACCUCUCCACGCGCCCUGAGGCGGUAGUGUCCCCAUCUAGUGUCUACGAGUUGGAGGACCUGAAAGCUGGCGAGAGCGUGGGGUAUCUGUCCCCAGGCGCACAGUGGCCCUUAGGGCAGCAGCUGGGACUGGGUCCCUACUCCGUAGCAUUGCUCGGCCCCGGCACGCUGCUGAAGAGCUUGUUGUCGAACCCGGCUCUGGGCGUCGGGUACGGAGGUCUCGCACCCCAGCCUCAUUUCCACCUGCACGGACGUGACCCACUUGUACUGCUGCUGCUACGGCAAUAUGGCAGAUACCUGCCCUACGGCCUCGGCAGAUACGGCCUCUACGGUUACAGCGCGCCGAACUACGCUGAAGACAACAAGCCCUUCGGAUCGCACAAGCAGGAGUACAGGCUGUAACGUCAUUCUGCAGAUCGCCGAUGUUGCGAAUGGGAAUGGAGCAGACUGUCUGUCUACCAGCAACACAGAAGUGAUGGUUGAUAAACGAAGUCCAGACUGCAGAUUUAUCGGAGAAUCGGUUUCCGGCCAAAUUCAUCACACACGCUCCGGUUCACCGGAAGGUUGGUCUUCAGAGACGUAAGCCUUCCGGCAAGCCGGAGCGUGUGUGGCCACCCUAACACCGACAACACCAAAGCCCGCCACCGGCCACGAUCCUGAGCCAUCGCCAUUCAUUUACCAACCUCGCAGCCCACCUCCCAUCUUCUUCUUGGUCUGGCCAGCGAUCGUUUUCCAGAAGGAUUCCCUAAUAAAAUUCUGCAUGCACCCCUAGCCUCCCCGGUCCCAUGCGUGCUAC